GCAGUGUGGAACGCAGAACUGGAGAGAUGGCGGCGCCGAAAUCGUCCGUGUCGGCCGUUGGGGGUCUGAACGGCGGGCUGUUCGCCCCAGAGACUAGCGCCAAUGCCUUUCAUGAGUACAAGUACUUCCUCAGCAAUGCCGUUGACUGCGAGGUCAUGUUCUUCCUGUCGUCUAUUGACCUACCGCCAGCGAAACUGGUCGACGUUUCAAGCACGACGUCGUCGUCCCCACUCGCUCCCCAGCAAAACCUGCAUCAAAUGCUCGGCACGAUGUCCGAGUUGCGCAACUCCCCCAUGAGCGAAGUGUUUGUGACGGCGCAGAUCUUUGCCGACGGAAUCCCAAUGCACCCCAUGACGAUCAACACAAAGUACCCGAGCCAGUGCAAAGAAUCGUCCAUCAUAUGGAGCGAAUGGCUUACGUUGCCGAUGAAGUUCAAGGACCUGCCGCGAAACGCCGUCAUUGCGUUGACGUUAUGGGGCGUGAACCAAGUGCCCAUCGGCGGCACCACCAUCGCGAUCUUCGCCCCCAACGGGUGCCUCAAGGAUGGCACGCAGUGUCUCCGCGUGUGGCCAGGCGUGGCCGCCGACCCGCAGCUGGACACGACGACGCCGUCCGACUACAACGACCCGACCAACGACGUGCUCACGCGUCAAAUGGAAUGCUUCCGCCUCGACAAGGCGCGCGAGCGCUACGAACGGCGCGACAUGCAGCGGAGCGACUGGAUGGACCGCGUGACCAAUCGCCGCAUCUCGCGCAUCCGCCGCAGCAGCGACUUUCCCGGCCCCAAGGACGACCUCCCGUCGUUUUGCCAGCUUCGCGACGAGCCAUGCCUGUGGAUCGAGCUGCCCUACUUUGGCCAAACCGUCGUGUACGAAGAGGAGCCGUACGCCCUCCGCAACGCCGCCGCGUUCUCGUCCUUUGCGUACGGAGAUGCGAAGGCCCCGUCGACGGCCAACAACAACACCAACGUGCUGGACCUGCCCACGCCGUCCGCGGCCAAGAUGCCGACGAUGCGCAGCAUGGUGGACAUGGACGCGACGCUGAUUCCAGUGUGGGACCCCGACCUGAACGAAGAAAACCCGGCCGAGCGCAAGUACCGCAAGCUCGCGCGGGACAUUCUGCGCGGGUCCAUCGAUCCCAACUUAAAGCCGAGUCGCGAGGAGCAGUUUGCGAUCGAAGCGCUGCUGAGUUCGUCCAGCGACCAGCUCAAGAACGACGAGAAGGACCUGCUGUGGAAGUUCCGGUACACGCUGAUCGAGAACCGCCGCGCGAUCGUCAAAUUUUUGAUCAGCGUCGACUGGCUCGACGAGACCGAGGUCACGCUCACCACGGAGCUGCUGCAUGCGUGGUGUGACAUUGACAUUGCGGACGCACUCAAGCUCCUGGGGCCGCGCAAAGAGUUUAAGAGCGACGUCGUGCGCAAGUUUGCCGUCGCCGCCUUGGCCAAAGCCCGCACCGACGACCUGCUCGAUUUUUUGCUGCAGCUAGUACAGGCGAUGCGGUACGAAAAGUUCUAUAAACACGAAAACCAGCAGCAUCUGGGGCCACUCGCGCGGUUCCUCGUGUCACGGGCGUGCACAAAUUUCAAGAUGGCCAACUACUUUUACUGGUAUCUUCAAGUGGAGCUGUCGGACCGGCGCGACGGCGAGAUGUUUCAGCACGUGCUUCAAGUGAUGCUGGAGGAGAUGAAGCUCACCGAGGACGGCUUGGCCAUCUACAAUAUGCUCGCGACCCAGAACGAGUACAUGACUCGGAUCAUGGCGUCGCACCUUCGCGCCCGGGAAGAGCGCGGCCGCCGCGAUCAAAAGGAAGAGAAACUGCGCACAUAUUUCAAGCAAAUUCCGUGGCCCAAAGGUGUGCACAUCCGUCUGCCGUCCGAUCCGUCCGUGCACCUGAGCGGGCUCGUGGCGCCGUCCGCCAAGAUGUUUAAGAGCGCCAUGUACCCGUGUGUCGUCGACUUUACGACUGUCCUGCCCGAGCCGCACGUGGACGAGGAGACGGAAGCGUCGUCGUUGCGCGAGUCGCUGGCUGCCCACAGCUUGAUGCAUCAGGGAGGGGGGGGGCAUGCGUCGUCGGGUACCAGUCGCAAGGUGCAACAUCGCGACAAGGAAGGUCCAGUGUGCAAAGUCAUGAUCAAGAACGGCGACGAUCUGCGCCAGGACCAGUUGAUCAUGCAGUUGAUCAUCCUCAUGGACCGACUCCUGAAAAAGGUUAAUUUGGACAUGAAGCUGACGCCGUAUCGCGUGCUCGCAACCUCUACAACGGCAGGGUUGAUGGAGUUUGUGGUCGAUUCGAUGGCGUUCAAGGACGUCAUCUCCAAGUACAAGACGGUGCAGGACUUUUUACGAACGCACAACCCCGACCCAACCAACGGCGGGUGGGAAGGCAUCUCGGUGGACGCGGUGAAUACAUAUGUCAAGUCACUCGCGGGGUACUGCGUGAUCACGUACAUCUUGGGCAUUGGGGACCGACACUUAGACAACUUGAUGAUGAAGACCCAAGGACACUUGUUCCAUAUUGACUUUGGGUUUGUGUUUGGAUCCGAUCCGAAACCGUUCCCGCCGCCAUUCAAACUCACCAAAGAGAUGGUCGAGGGCAUGGGCGGCCGCAAAAGCGACAACUACCACCGGUUCAAAACGUAUUGCUGCCAAACGUACAACUGGCUGCGAAAGAGCGCGUCUAUGAUCAUGAGCCUACUCCAUCUCAUGAUUGACGCCGGCAUCCCUGAACUGGCCAACGAUCCACUCACGACCCUCGCCAAAGUCCAAGAGAGAUUCCGCCUCGAUAUGACGGACGAGCAGGCCGAAGCGUACUUUUUGGGGCUGAUCAGCGACAGUGUCACAGCGCUCUUCCCCAUCGUCGUGGACCUCGUGCACAAUAUCGCAGGUGCGCUCAAGUAGGGCAGUCGUACAAUGUACGACGUCAUCAGCCGAGUGGCUCCAAUAUAAACAAACACUUUAAUAAGAAGAAAGGCCCAGAGGAAUACUGUAGCCAAUGACUUGACCAAAAAGC